AUGGAGAGACAAGCGCAAGUCAAGUGCCAGAUUUGGGUCUGGUCGCGCCUGCAUUUCGCGUCUGUUCUGCGUUUUGAGUUGUCGGCUCCGAAAAUGGAAGGAAGCAAUAUCUGUCUUGGUCUCAGAAAUGAGAAAUGA